CAUUUUAUUUGACCCAACGUAUCAAAAAUAUUACUUCAAUGUGUAAACAAUAUAAUUAACUAUUUUAAUUUUUAUUCUGUUGCCUUUCCUUUUCAUUAAAUUUAGUGAAUUAAUUUAUAUUGCUUUUUUCAUACUAAGCUUUAAACAUACCAUGGGUAUUUUGCAGCACGCCAUCAAGUGCUCCAUAGGCACACGUGGCUGUGGCUAGCUAGUGGGACACACAGACCCAGAGAAUGAAAGGAGAGCUGCAGUCACUUUGGUUUGUCUUUUACCAAGUUCAUUCAUUUCUCAGCCCCUCUACCCACUCUGAAAAAUCUCCCCCUUUCUCCCCUUAAAUUCUACUUUAUUUUGCAGACAAUUUUUGUUUCCUGAACAUUUUCGAAUACUUAAAAGUCACUGAAAAGCCUGUCCAAGAACGACAAGGCCACCCCUGGAGGAUCCAUCUCUGCUCCGGAGGGCACAGGGGCGUUCGUUUGCCCGCGCCGUGCUGGGAUUCGGCUCGCUGGGCGCACAGCGGCUACCGGCGGCUGUCAGCUACAUUCCCGGAAGGCGGUGGUCCCGGGACGCUGGGGGGAGACUGCACCGGGGUAUCAGGGCUCGUCUUGGUCGCCAGGCCGCCUUGUGACAUCAUAGUUCCACGCCUCUGGAGUUCAAGUCCACACAGGCUCCGGGCGUCCAGGGCCCUAGGGCCAAAGAUUUUUCUACACGAGAGAGGCGGGACUGGAGGAGACACCAACUAGUUCCCCUGCCACCUUGCCCCACAAAUCGUUGCUUCCAGUCUGGUCCUCCGAGUCGCCGAACGCAGGAGAACCGACCAGCGCAAGUGCGAAGAGACCCACAAACCAGAAGCUCCCUUCGUUUCCCAGGAGCACCAGCGGGGUCUUCCGGCUGGACCCCUGCCUCUGCUGAUUGGUUGGAGCGUGGCGCCACGUGAUGCAGACUCCGGUCGGCUGCUCCUGUCCCCGCUCCCAUCAGCCCCCUCCCCAACUGGAGGUCGCUGUAGGCGGAGAGCAGGUUUCCUGAGCAACCGCAGCAAGCAGUCUGUACACACCAGGCUCGAGGCUGGAGAGGUUGUGCCUGCUGCUAGACAGGUAUUAGGAGGACGGAGUGGACUGUGACCUGUCUCGAAUUGCCCUGGAAUCCAUCGUCUCCCUGGGAUAAGAUAUAAUAUUAUGAUCAUUGUUUUUAAUGGAAAAUGAUUGAAAGUGAAAAUCUAAACCAAGAAGAAAUAAUUAAAGAACUGUGUUUAUGCAAUGGUUUAUCUUAUGAGAUGGUUAUACAAGAAGGAUCCGACACUUCAAAACUGGAGAUGUUUUUCUCAGGGUAUCCUCGCAUAGUUGGAUUGUCAUUGUUUCCUAACUUAAUAAGUCUUACGAUUGUUGCUCAAGAUAUAAAAGAAAUUUCAGGUUUAGAGACUUGUUUACAACUUAAAGAACUUUGGAUUGCUGAGUGCUGCAUAGAGAAAAUUGGAGGUCUUCAGGAAUGUAGAAAUUUGGAAAAACUAUAUUUAUAUUAUAAUAAAAUUUGCAAAAUAGAAAAUUUAGAUAAAUUAAUCAAAUUGCAGGUUCUUUGGCUAAACCACAAUACAAUUAAAAAUAUUCAGGGCUUGCAAACUUUGAAGAAUUUAAAUGAUCUCAACCUUGCUGGAAAUCUAAUAAGCAGCAUUGGCCGAUGUCUUGACCCUAAUGAACAACUGGAAAGAUUAAACCUUUCUGGUAACCAAAUAUGUUCUUUCAAGGACCUCACUAACUUAACCAGGCUGCGUUGCUUAAAGGAUUUAUGUCUGAAUGAUCCUCAAUAUAAAACCAAUCCAGUUUGUCUGCUGUGUAAUUAUUCCACACAUGUAUUGUAUCAUCUGCCUUGCCUUCAAAGACUAGACACAUUUGAUGUGUCAGCAAAGCAAAUCAAGGAACUGGCAGAUACCACAGCAAUGAAAAAAAUAAUGUAUUACAAUAUGCGUAUAAAAACUGUUCAAAGGCAUCUUAAUGAAGACCUUGAAAGACUGAAUGAUCGAAAAUGCAAAUUACAAAAGUUGCCCGAAGAACGAAUAAAAUUUUUCAGCUUUGCAAAGAAAAGUUUGGAACGGGACCUGGCUGAACUAAAGGGAUCUGGCAAAGGGCACAGUGCUAGAUCUAAUAACAAUAAAGUAACUGAGCUUGAAAAACCAAAGAAUUAUGAAACUGUCACAGAAGAACCAAGUCUUCAACAGAAGAUACUGACCAAGCUAAAUGCCUUGAAUGAAAGGGUAGCAUUCUGGAACAAAAAACUAGAUGAAAUUGAAGCAAUUUAUCACACUGAAGUAAAGCAAAAGAAGAAAGCUCAUGGCUUAUUGAUCCCAUUUUUGUUAAUUGAGUUGGAGACUGUGGGGAAUAUCCAUUUUGAAGAAGGCACUCGAUCUGAUGACUGGUUUAACUCCUGCUAUGAAUUAAUUCUGUCACGUUUUUGUACAUGGGACUUCAGAACAUAUGGUAUUACAGGAGUAAAAGUAAAACGUGUCAUUAAAGUUAACAACCGCAUUCUGAGACUAAAAUUUGAAGAGAAAUUUCAAAAGUUUUUGGACAAUGAAGAUAUGCAUGAUCCGGAGAGCUAUCGAAAGAUGCUAGAAUGCCUUUUUUAUGUUUUUGAUCCUGAAGUUACAGUAAAGAAAAAGCAUCUGCUACACAUACUUGAAAAAGGUUUCAAAGAGAAUGAAACAAGCAAGCUGCCUCUCAAAAAAGAAGCUGUUAUUCUUGCUAACAGCCUAAGUAUGUGUGAGUGUCCCAGAAUUGAAUUUCUACAGCAAAAGCACAAGGAUGAGAAGAAAAAUUCUCUUGAGCAUGAACUCUUCAGACAUGGGAUCCUCCUCAUUACAAAGGUUUUCCUUGGCCAGAGUGUUCAGGCUAAUGAGCAAGAAUCCAUCAGUCAAGCCAACUAUCCAAUGUUUAAUUCAGUGUUCAUUCCUCGGAAAUAUUUACUAAAUUCUAUCAUAGGACAAAGAAACUGUGAUUGCAGCAUUCGGCAGUGCAAGUGGUUUGUCUUUGAUCAUGACCUUGUUUUGCCAGAAUACGUUGUUGAAUUUGAGUAUAUUACAGUGGUCAAGGCUCACUCUUUAUUUUCUUCAUUCAACAAUGUUAUUCUAGAAGAAAGCAAAAAAAAUUCAGAAGGAUCCAUAUUGUCCCAGGAUUUGAAAUUUGAUGAUGAAGUUAUAAAAAUGCAGCCCAAGAUCAAGCCCCGACCAAAACUUAUUAGUUUGGAUGAUAAAAUAAUUCUUUCCCUUGCCAAGACUAGCAUUUUCAGUCAUAUUGUGAGUCUGAAUCUACAUGGGAACAGCUUGAGUAAAUUGAGAGAUCUUGCCAAGUUAACAGGACUUCGGAAACUGAAUAUUAGCUUUAAUGAAUUUACUUGUUUAGAUGAUGUAUACCACUUGUAUAACCUUGAAUACUUGGAUGCAAGCCAUAACCAUGUGAUAACCCUUGAGGGAUUUAGAGGUCUGAUGAAACUAAAGCACUUAGACUUGAGCUGGAAUCAACUGAAAAAAUCUGGUGAUGAAAUAAAUAUGUUAUGCAAACAUACAGCAAACCUUCUCACUCUUGAUAUUCAACAUAAUCCAUGGCAAAAGCCAGCCACAUUGAGGCUAAGUGUUAUUGGCAGAUUAAAGACUCUUACACAUUUAGAUGGAGUUCUCAUUUCUGAAGAAGAAGCGACAGAAGCUAUGAAAUUUAUUACUGGAACAAGGAUAACUCAGUUAUCUCUCUUACGGCAUUGUAGUACUAAAGAGGAGAGACCACGGAUACUUAGUAUAUGGCCUUCUGCCAAAAUUCUGACACAGAUUUCAAAGUUAGGACCACAUCUACAUCUGAGUGGAAACUGGUACUUGAAGAUAACUGCCUUAAAUUUCGAUGGACAACAUCUCUUUGAAAUCACAAAUUUAGAAAAAUUGGAAAAUUUGAAAUGGGCAUCAUUCAGCAAUAAUAACCUCACUAAAAUGGAAGGCUUGGAAUUUUGUGUUAAUUUGGAAGAACUCACAUUAGAUGGAAACUGCAUCUCAAAGAUAGAAGGUAUUUCCAAGCUGACUAAAUUAACCCGGCUCAGCAUAAAUAAUAAUCUUCUCACUGGUUUGGAAAAGCAUACUUUUGAUAACAUGCUUCAUCUUCACUUCCUUUCUCUUGAGAACAACAGAAUCACAUCAUUGAGUGGUUUACAAAAAACUGUUACUCUAGUCGAAUUAUACAUAAGCAAUAACUAUGUUGCUGUCAAUCAGGAGAUCUACAAUUUAAAGGGUUUAUGCAACUUGGUCAUUCUAGACAUGUAUGGAAACAUUGUUGUAUGGAAUCAAGAAAACUACCGGUUGUUUGUAAUAUUUCAUCUUCCAGAACUGAAAGCUUUGGAUGGAAUCUCAAUUGAACCACCAGAGACUGAGAAUGCAAAAGAUUUGUUUGGUGGCAGACUAACUUCUGACAUGAUUGCAGAACGACAAGGACAUUCCACUUUCACCGAAAUACAAGAACUCAAUUGGACUUCAUCGUCUAUCAGAACUGUGGAUUUGAUUCCAGUUGAUCAGUUUAGAAAUGUGUGUAAUGUGAAUCUACAGAACAAUAAUCUUACCUCAUUUAGUGGAUUAGUCUAUCUGCCUAAUGUGAAGGUCUUAUGCCUCAACUAUAAUCAUAUUGAAUCAAUCAUGCCCAGAGUAAAGCCUCAGACUCAUUUAACCAACAGACAACUACUCUACCACAAAGUGGCUUCAAGUGGCUAUGGACAGCAAGGAACUUCAAAAACAAACAGAGAUACAAUGUGCAGUGAAAAUUUGCCUCCAAUAAUGCACAGUUUAGAAGUUCUUCAUCUGGGCUACAAUGGAAUUUGUAAUUUAAUCCAGCUACAACUUAACAGACUGAGAAAUUUAAAAUUCCUCUUUCUACAGGGGAAUGAAAUAAGUCAAGUUGAAGGGCUUGACAACUUAGUAGUCCUUCAGGAAUUGGUAGUGGACCAUAACCGCAUCAGAGCAUUUAAUGACAGUGCUUUUGCCAAACCAAGUUCUUUGUUGACACUUCAUCUGGAGGAAAACAGACUACGAGAGCUGAGCAAAUUACAGUCUUUGGUAAAACUAGAGAAACUCUUCCUAGGAUACAAUAAAAUCCAGAAGCUGCAUAUCCUUGAUAACAGAUUUUGGUGUGAAGCUUUUGACUUAGCCAUCGUGUCCAACAACAUAGCUUUGGAAAAUUAUUCCCUGUUGUCUUACUUCUUCAGGAAGAAUCACAGACACACAAUUGAAAGAUGAGUUAUUUAACUCAGCUUUAUAGUCUCAUUUGAUCCUUGAAUCUAAAUGAUUCUCCUACCUGGCAUCCAGCUUCUCUGUCUACUUUUAAACAUCUAAAUAAUCACCUGAAGCUGGAAAUGACUCCAGGAAACAGUCUAUUGCUAAGUGUCUUGUCCUAAAUGAAGGUCCUAAUCUGGACCUCUACUAUUACUACCUUAAGGGCUUAUCCUAACAAUAUACUCAAAAGGUAACAACCACUGGUGUGCUGGUUCAUGUUUAACUGGCUUUCUGGGGGGAACCCUAAUUAGCAGCAUUUGCCAAUUUCCAUAGUGUAAUUUCUUCUACCAUUGACAAUUUCAAGCUAAAACUCCAUCUCACAAAAUUCACCAAUUGACUUUUGUGAGCCUGUAUAAGGUAAUUCCAAUGCACCACUGUAAAAAUUAUCCUAUAUUAAAAAUGGGAAACCAUCAGGAGAGGGAAACCUCUCCCCUCAAGUUAUGGGCAUACUAGUUUGUUUGAUGUCUCUUUAAAACUUUAUACCAGCAUUAUCCUCCUCACAUUUAACAGUCUAUUCUCAUUCUCGGUCUAUUUCUAGUCCAUAUUUUCUAUGAGAAAAGAACAUUUUGAUUAGAAAUAUUUCACUAGUGAACACUGCUAUAUUCUCUUUAAUUUGAGAAAAUAAUGUAAAACUUUUCAUAUGUCCAUGAUUUAUAAUCAGGCUUUGAUUCCACAGAUAGAAACUGCCUGUGAGCAAAAAUACACAGUAUCUCUAUAGAUAAUAAGAUGUUAAAGCUUUGUAAAGCCUUCCUUUAUGAUACUUCCAAAAUCAAAAUUGUUAAAGAUCAGUCAUUUUAAAAAUCAAAUUCUACUUCCAAAUGAUCUAAAAUAUGUCUGCAGUUGUAUGUACACUUUUAAUUCCCAAUAGGAAUAUGGGUAUAUCAAUAACUUUGUUGUAUUACUACGAACUAACAAUAACCUGAAGCUGAGCUUGUUGGCUAAAUUUUGUAAGAAAUAGCAUUUUAGAAAUAAUUUUGCAAAAACUAAAAGGUACGCUGAAGAAACCCAGGAUUCUUUUUUUAGAAAAGGUAUACUUGCAAACUUCCACAAAUGUUAAAUGGAUAAUAAUAAAUAAUCUUAUGCAACAGGGAAGGUGAAUUAUUUAACUAGAGAAAUAGUUUUUCAGCUAUAUAUAUUCCCAGUAAGUAUAGCAGGCUACUUAAUAUCUCAUGUUGCUUUACUGUUAAAGUUGUGUUUAAAUAUGUACCUUUGAAAUUGUUUAGACUGGGUUCGCCUUUUCCACAUUUCUUAGUCAAUAUUCUAGAAGAAUUAACCAAAUAUUCCUAGAAUAAAUCAAAACUCUUCUGAGAAGAAAUUUGGUCUUUUCUUGUAAGUGCUGCUAUAUGGCCGAUUUUCCAUUUUAGACUGUCAUGUUUGCCAGUCAUGUAUUUGGAAUCUACAGUAAACAUAUCUGCCUUUGUUCAACAAAACAGAAUACCGUCACUCAAGCUCACUUUAAAAGAUUUAGUCAUGAGAUAGCUGCAAUCCAACACUUACAUAUAAUCAGUUCAAGUUAGGCUAUAUUUGAAGAUGGUGGGUCUAACCAAAUAAUAACUUA